AUGAUAAUGGGGCUUCGAGACAUUGGUGCGAGUUUGCCACCUGGGUUCAGGUUCUACCCGAGCGACGAGGAGCUGGUUUGCCAUUACCUCUACAAGAAGAUCUGCAAUGAGCAAGUCCUCAAGGGAACCCUCGUCGAAAUCGACUUGCACACCUGCGAGCCAUGGCAGCUCCCUGAGGUGGCGAAGCUGAAUGCGACGGAGUGGUACUUCUUCAGCUUCAGGGACCGCAAGUACGCGACCGGGUUCAGGACGAACCGGGCCACCACGUCCGGCUACUGGAAAGCAACGGGGAAGGACCGGACGGUGGUGGACCCGGCGAGCAAGGAGGUGGUGGGGAUGAGGAAGACGCUCGUCUUCUACCGGAACAGAGCACCCAACGGCGUCAAAACCGGCUGGAUCAUGCACGAGUUCCGCCUCGAGACUCCCCACAUGCCCCCCAAGGAGGACUGGGUGUUAUGUAGAGUGUUCCACAAGAGCAAGGCAUCAGAAGACUACAAUGAAUCCAGCCCACCUAAUUACCACCACUUCCCCGAUACCACACCUAACCAAGGCGCCGCCCCAAUCUGUUUAGACGACACUUCUCCACCUUUACUAACUCCUCCUCACCACCAUCACCACCACCACGGCGGCGCCGGCCACAUCUCCACCCAGCUGCCCACCGCCGAUACCGGCAGAUAUCAUCAUCAUCAUCAAGUCACAUCACUCUCGUCAAGCACCACCACGGCCGCCCCACACCAUCAUCCGAGCUCCGAUGUACAAGCUCCGAUGGCCACGGCAGGAUCACUGUUGAAUCUCCUGCAAGACAGAACAACAAAGCUCGCCAACCCUAACCAGCUGCAGAACAAUCAAAGUGAGAUCAGCUCCAAGCCUAGCAGCAUCGAGGACCAGUUUGGUUUCUUGUGGGAUGUUGAUAUGAACUUGGAGGAGACUUGCAGCUUGGGAGAUGGUGGCGGCGGUGGAGUGGUCUCCGAUUUGGAUCAUGACUUGAGAUUUGAGAUUGAUAACAACAUGGUUUUCCUAUGA